AUGGCCGAAGGCUACGCCUCAGCCAGCCUAAAACCGGGUGUCAUUCUAGUUACCUCGGGCCCAGGAAGCUCAAACUUAGUCACGCCUAUGCUCAACGCUCUUCUAGAUGGGACACCAUUGGUUGUGAUCUGUGGCCAGGUCGCAACUACUGCCCAGGGGACCGGUGCAUUCCAGGAGAUUGAUAUCAUGGCAAUUGCCAAGACAUGCACAAAGUGGGCUGCAUGCGCUCACCAUGUUGCUCACCUCCCGAAAAUCGUAAACGAAGCUUUUUAUCGUGCGACAUCUGGGAGGCCUGGGCCCGUUCUAAUUUCAGUUCCUAAAGAUGUGGGCACAGCAAUUUGCGAAGAUGUCUCGUGCGAAAAUUUCUCAAAUCAAAUCAGUCCUGAAUUCAAUUCACAGAAAAACCCCACACCCAGGAGCAAAGCACUAGGGGGCAUCGAUGUUGCUAUGGAAAUUCGCAAAAGUAUCGAGCACAUUGCGGAACUUGUCAAUCACUCUCAACGUCCUAUAAUCUGUGCGGGACACGGGGUACUUUCAAAUGAAGUCAGCCCAAUAACACUUUCUCACAUCGCUAUACAGAACAAUAUUCCUGUCACAACAACGCUUCUUGGGUUGGGAUCUUUCGAUGAGACCCAUGACCUGGCGUUGCACAUGAUGGGUACCUAUGGAGCACCGUAUGCAAACUACGCUGUCCAAGAAGCAGAUUUGAUUCUUGUAUUUGGGGCCCGUCUGGAUGAGAGGGCUGUUGGCGAUCCAAGCAGGUUCGCCCCAAAAGCCAGGAAGGCAGCUAAAAUUGGACGAGGGGGUAUCAUCCAGUUUGAUUUGAAUCCUAGCACGGUCGGAAAAAUUAUCAAACCAACACAGCUCAUUAUCGAAGACUUGCGUGAAGUCUUGCCAAAGUUACUAUCUAGUUUGACUCCUGGGAACUAUCGACACGGAUGGCUCAGUCAGAUUCAACAGUGGAAACACCAAUAUGCGUUUCGAGUUCCUCACACCGAGCUGAAUAAACGCACCACACCCCAACAAACUAUCGCAGAGCUAGACCGCCAAACAUCAUCAUUGAAAGACCGUACUAUCUUGACUACGGGCGUGGGACAACACCAAAUGUGGACUGCACAACGCUAUCAUUUCACGUCACCACGUUCUUUCGUAACAUCUGGCUCACUAGGUACCAUGGGUUUCGGCCUUCCCGCUGCCAUUGGAGUGCAACUAGCCAGACCAGAUCACAUUGUCAUUGAUAUAGACGGCGAUGCCUCUUUCUGUAUGACAAUGGAGGAAUUACUUACAGCGUCUCAAUACAACCUACCUAUCAAGAUAAUCGUUUUCAACAAUGACAUUCAGGGCAUGAUUUCCCAAUUGCAACGCUCCGAUUACGAGGGACGAUCCUGCCACAACCGACAGUCUAAUCCUGACUUUGUUCAAUUAGCUCGGAGUAUGGGGGUUCAGAGUCGGCGAUGCUCUAAUACGGCGGAGCUGAGGGGAGGCCUUGAAUGGCUACUAGAGUGUCAGGGACCAGCAUUAGUAGAUGUACGGAUGUGCGAAACCGAGAUGCUUCCCAUCGUUCCUACUGGGGAAGCGUUGAACAUUAUUGCAUUCGAGUAA